UAUAUAAGCUGAUAUUGACCGGGACCGGAACUAAGCCCAACUUGUGGUAGCCACAUAAAAAGAUGGUUAGACGUAUAAAGUUUGAAAUUGAAGUAGUUUGAGGUAACUAGAGGGAGCUGAAGUAGAUAAUAAUAUAUUUUAUAUUCUAUUUGACUUUUGCAUAAGUCUAGUUAUAUAAUACUUCAAUUAUAUAUGGUUUAUAACCGAAGCAAUACAAUAAGAUUUUCUCACGUUCGCUAACUUUCUUUCAUACCUCAGGAGAGAUGAGAUAAGAUGGCUGAUGAUGUGGAAGAACAGCUACUGUCGGAGGUGCAAAAAAAAGAUGGUACUAUUACACUGCACCAGGCUGCUCAAAAAGGGGAAAUCAAGUUAGUAAAUGAUUGUCUGGUGGAUGUGCAUAUAAACGUUAGGGACAAAUACAGUAGGACACCCAUUAUGUACGCGGCAUGGACUGACGAAAUAGAAAUGGUUAAGCAUCUACUGAAUCUCGGAUCUGAUAUAAAUUUGAUGGAUAACAGUGGGUGGAAUAUCUUACAUCACGCAGUGCAGAAGGACUCUAUGAGAACUGUAGAAUAUCUUUGUGUCGAAAUACCAACAAAUGCUGCUACCUCAUUAGUAAACGCUAAAGACCCACACGGCAUGACACCCUUACAUAUGGCAAUCAAAAGAGGAUCCAGUAAGGAAUUGAUUUUAAAUCUUUUUAAAAUAGUUGGAAUUGAUGUAGAAAUCAAGAAUUCGACGGGAAAGACAGCCUUGAUGUACGCUUUGGAGGUUAAUAGAAUUGACAUGAUAGACAUAGUAAACAUUGUAUGUCAGCACAAAAAUGUUUUCUUAGAAAAAGACGAUUACGGAUUGAAUAUCUCACAUUAUGCCGUGAUGAAUCACAAGUCGUUAGAGUUGAUUAAGUGUCUUCUCCGCAAUGGAUCGAUCAAUAAUGCUUCUUUGGUGAUCAGUAAGGAUAAUAUUAUGGUAACACCGUUUCAUCUUGCAACAUCUAGAGGCAGUGUCGAACUAGUUUUAUUCUUGCUGAAAAUCGACGAAGUUGAUGUGAAUGUUAAUGAUAAUUCCGGAGAAACAGCGUUGAUGCAUGCAACAAAAGUAGGAAAAACUAAUGUUAUCAAAGCCCUCAUUGCUGAUGACCGGGUAGAAGUCAACUAUUGUGAUAAAGCCGGAAGAACUGCGUUGAUGCAUGCAACGAAAGCAGGAAAAACUGAUGUUAUCAAAGCCCUCAUUGCUGAUGACCGGGUAGAAGUCAACCAUUGUGAUAAAGCUGGAAGAACUGCGUUGAUGCAUGCAACAAAAACAGGAAAAACUGAUGUUAUCAAAGCCCUCAUUGCUGAUGACCGGGUAGAUGUCAACUUUUGUGAUAAAGCCGGAAGAACUGCGUUGAUGUAUGCAGCAAAAGCAGGACAAACUGAGGUUAUCAAAGCCCUCACAACUGCAGAUGACCGGGUAGAAGUUAACUAUCGUGAUAAAGCCGGAAGAACUGCGUUAAUGUAUGCAGCAGAAGCAGGACAAACUGAGGCUGUUCAAGUCCUCACGACAGAUGACCGGGUAGAUGUCAACUAUCGUGAUAAGUUUGGAAAAACUGCGUUGAUCUAUGCGGCAGAAGCAGGGCAAUUUAAGGUUAUCAAAGCCCUCAAAACUGUUGACCGGGUAGAAUUCAAUCAUUGUGAUAAGGCCGGAAAAACAGCCGUGAUGUAUGCAGGAGAAGCACGACAAAUUGAGGUUAUCAAAGCCCUCACAACUGAUGACCAAGUAAAAGUUAACCAUCGCGAUAAGUUCGAAAGAACUUCGUUGAUGCAUGCGGCGAAAGCAGGACAAACUAAGGUUAUCAAAGCCCUCGCAAUUAGUGACCAGGUAGAAGUCAACCAUCGUGAUAAGGCCGGAAGAACUGCGUUGAUGUAUGCAGCAGAAGCAGGACAAAUUGAGGUUAUCAAAGCCCUCACAACUGAUGAUCGAGUAAAAGUCAACCAUCGUGAUAAAGUCGGAAUGACCGCGGUAAUGUAUGCGGCAAAAGCAGGACAAACUGAGGUUAUCAAAGCCCUCCUAACUGAUAACCGGGUAGAAGUCAACUAUCAAGAUAAGUACAAAAAAACUGCGUUAAUCUAUGCAGCAAAAGCAGGACAAACUGAGGUUAUCAAAGCCCUCAUAACCGAUGGACGGGUAGACGUCAAGGCGGUCAACCAUUGUGAUAAGGCCGAAAGAACUGCGUUUAUGUAUGCGGCAAAAGAAGGAAAAAUUGAGGUUAUCAAAGCCCUCACAACCGAUGACCGAGUAGAAGUCAACCAUCGUGAUAAGACUGGAAAAAAUGCGUUGAUGUAUGCAGCAGAAGCAGGACAAACCGAAAUUAUCAAAGCCCUCAUAGCUGAUGAACAGGUAGAAGUCAACCAUCGUGAUAAAUCCGGAAGAACUGCUCUUCUUCUGGCGAUGAAAGAAAAACAAUUUGAAGCAGCUUGCAUUUUAGUCGAUAAUGUGGAAAAACUUGUAUGUUCAAUAGGAGACAAUUCUGGAUCAACUCCCCUAAUCUUGGCUCUUGAAGCAAAUCACAGGCAUUUGAUUCAUGCAGUUGUGAACAAAAUAAAUAUAAACAAUGAGGAUGUGAACUUGGCUAAUGCAAAAGGAGCAACGAUUCUUCAUACUGGAGUGAGCAAAAAUGAUAUUGAGCUCGUAAAACUGAUAUGCCAAAAUCCACAUGUGAAAAACGUCAAAAACAUCGAAGGUCUAACUCCAAUCGACAUUGCUGUUAAGGAAAAGCUUUAUCCGAUGUUAUGGAUACUGGUGCAAGAUUUACCGCCGGAAGAGAUAGAUAUUAACAAGUCGUACGAAGAAGGGGACACACUGCUUCAUUUCGCUGUGAAACAAGGCAACCUUGACGCAGCCAGGUGCAUCUGCUCCCUUCCUGGUGUUAAACGCAGAGAAAACGACAGUAGCGUUGAUCCGUUACAACUGGCAAAUUCAGAGAAUUUGUCAUUACACUUCCUCUUGUGCAUCUACAAACUUCCCGGCACCAAAGUCGAUAUAAAUGCGCAAUACCAAGGAAAGGGAAUUAUCCAUAUAGCAGCCGAGCUUCGUGAUCUGGAAGAAUGUAACUACUUACUAAACGAAUUCUCUAAUAUUGACGUAAACGCCAGGGACAGUGAAGAUAGGACUGCGUUACACAUAGCAGCAGCCAAUACAGAUGUGGAUACUGCGAAAGCCCUUUGCAAAUUCCCAUCCAUUAAAAUCAACUUAGGAUCUCCUCUAUUAGGAUCUCCUCUAUUGGAAGCUACUCAGCACAGAAACGUGGAUGUCGCAUUAUAUUUGCUCUCUCUGCCAACAAUCGAUUUGGAUAUAAAAGACAGCGCUGGCAAUAACAUUUUCGAGAUAGUCUGUGAUCUUAUAGAGAGGAGUUCAUCUGCCAGCAUUAUAUCAAAGGGAUCUUCCAAACCAUCAAUACGCCUCGUAAAAGCGAUUGAAGCUGUAUUAUGCGAAGUGGAUCAUAAUUCAACCAAAGAAAACACAGAAAGUGAUGGCUCUCUACAUAAAUCACAAAAAGAAAAAAUACCAGAAACUUUACGAUUCCUGCUCGAAGUCAAAUUUAAAACCCAUAAGAAUCAGUCAAUCCUGGCGCUGCUUCAGGACAAAAUUAAGGUUUUGUCAAGUUCUGAUGAUAAACAAGAUGUAGUCAAAUUCACGAUUGCAUCAGCAGUUCUUAACGUAAUAAUUGUCGGCUUGCAGAAAUAUGCCCACGAUGAUGAUCUUAGAUAUACUUUCUAUAAAUAUUUCAUGUGCAAGCCCUUAGUUAAGAUAUUUGUCAAUAAGCAAGAAAUUACUAAAAGUGAUCAUACUGCUACUAUCGAGGUAAUGAAGCUUGUUUAUGUAUCAUUGCAAGCUAACGCAGACUGUCAAAAAUCAGAGAAGGAAUUCCUUAGAAAUAUCCUGCAGGGACAGCUUUACCCAGUGUUUAAGAGAACAAUCAAAAGUUUAGGAAAAACAGUGGACAGUGGUGAAAAAUGUAGUGAUAUUCAGCUCAUGGCAAAGAAUAUUUACGAAACGUAUUUCAAGAAGGACAAAGAAUACUCUGUCUCUACUCGUGUAGAGAAAUUCUUCAAAGGCCGGGAGAUUUGGAUGGCUAAAAAAUUGGGGUUACACGAAUGUAGCGAAAGAGGCGUCACCACAUUACUUUUUACUAUUCCAGGUGCAAUAACUCAUUUAUUUGAUUUUGCUUUGGAUGUUAAACUAGGGGUUGAAUCUUUACAAGGAUUUUCACAAAGACUGGGAGGAUUCAUGAUUGCUUUGGCGAGUUUUACUCUAAUUCAUGAAAAUUAUCGGUCAAGUGUUGAGCUCUACAAAGCGGAGAAGGAGCGUCUUCGAGUCAGUCUUGGUAGAUUUGCAAUAAAGGAAGAGGAUUGGAUUGUAGAAUCGUCCCUCAACUACAGCAAACCAUGUCUCAAGAAAUUCUUUCAGCGACUAUUUUGUCCGUUUAAGAUGAAAGAUGGUGAAAAGAAGAGAGCUCUACUAUUUAACAUCCUUACAAUAUGUCAGAUGCGACCGGUGAUCGACCGUCUGAUGGUCUUAAUGCACUCUCCAUCGAAGAUUCGGACUGUUAUCCGCCAGAAUUCAGCACAGAAGGUACUUAACCAGUCUUUCAUGGUUACAGAGCAGAUACCAGAGCUGAUUGUACAAUUUUAUCUCUUUCAGAUCUAUUUAAAUAACAUCGCCACAGAAUCAUUGUCGCCCAAAGAUGAUAGGACUGCAGAUUAUGCAUCACAAAAUCUUGCUAACAUCACUGCUGUGUGUUUUGGAAAGUUGCAGACUUUUACUUAUAAAUAUGAGUUUUUCCAAGGACAAAAAAACUUUUUAGGGAUCCAAACAAGUGCACCGUGGUAUCUGAUCAUUUCGAUGAUUAUCCCAUUUCUUAAAAUGCCAGCAAGCACAGUUUCACUUGAAGGGGCAUUUAGGAAAUUAGACCCACUAACCCCAAAGAUGUCAGGCGGAGCCUCCACUCUGCUUUACCUAACUUAUUUAACCAUGAUCCCGUCUAGAUUGUUCCUCCAUGCGAGUCUAAUGCAAGCCACUCCAAACCAUUUCUACAAUGUUGGAUGGAUCUUAUUCUUUACUUUAAUUUGGUCCAUCAUUAACUUAAUGGUUAUCUCCAAAGAUCCUGUCUUCAAAGAAAAACAGCUCAGUCCUACAUCUAAGGUCAGAAAGGUUUUUCUUCUCUUUUUGUUCAGCUUUAGAGAUUUUUGGGUAAUCUCUCUGCGGGAUACGACAGCGUAUAUGUCCAAACCUUCUGAAGUGUCGUACAAAUCAUUAAGAAGCUACAAGAGGAUCAUGUUGAUAUCGACCUUUUAUUUUGUUGAAGGAUUGGCAGGUGCUCUGUACAUGGAGCACUUCUUCCCCUGCGGUACAAACUCUGAUGUGUUCAAAUACCAAGGAUGGGCAUGGUUGAUUUUGUACAUCAUUUCAUCAACAUGCCUGAUCCUACUGGCCUACACUUUACAGCCGCAAAUCUGCAACCGCAUUCCCAAAAGAUUCCCAUUCAAAUUUGUGUUUAUUUGUGGCUUUGGGUUGAUCAUGUUGCUCUUUGCUCCUACGACAAAAUUAUUCAUUGAUGGGGACUUGGCAAUUAAGAUCGCUGUCGCCAUCAUGUUAGCUCUGGUCUGCAUUGUCUGUAUUUUGGUUUAUCUCGGUCUCACUUACUUUGGAGAGGCUGAGGAUAAAAAGAAAGCUGCAUGCGAUGGUGGAGAGGAUGGCAGAGAUUCAGACAGUUUCGAGAAAGAGGCUGGCCCCCAGAUCCUAAGUGGAGAGGGAGAGGCUAGUAAACGUCUUUUAGAUACCUCAGUUUGAGUCACUGAAUAUAAAGAUUUAAAAACCUUACCUCUUUAAAGCAAGCCCUAAGGAUGCUUUGUAAUUAUUUUCUGUCUUAAAAAAGUGUUCUGUUCUUUUCCGUGCUGAUUUUUAAACGUUUUGUAAAUGAUUUUUAUUUUUGAAAUGUUUCGAAUGAAGUUUUCAGAAAAAUUUAAGGAACCAAUUAUGUUCAGCAUUUAAAUGCUAAAAUUGCUAAAUUUUCAUAAUGACGUGUAAUGAUUUUUUGUCAUUAUUAAUUGAUUUUGCUGUACUUUUUGUUGUUUUGAAGUUUUUUAAUGCUCAGCAAAUGUUUUGGUACAUUUAAAAUAAUGGAUCAGUUUUCUCUGAUAUUGAAUUAUAUUACUCAUUUUUUGAUUUUCUACACAUUGAAUUCAAACAGUUUUUUGUAAA